AUGGAAUAUGUUGCAGCCUAUGUCAUGUUUGAUAAGGUAGGGAAAGAGCUCAACGAGAAAUCAAUGAUGGACCUGUUUGAUGCGAUAGGUGGUAAGGUUGAGCCUGAGACGAUGCGCCUAUUCCUUUCCAAAGUUGCUGGGAAAAGCAUUGACGAAGUAAUGUCAAAGGGAAAGGAGUUUAUGGCAUCCCUUGCAAUUUCAUCGGCCCGAGAGCAAGCGCCUGCUCAGUCUACAGAUGCAUCGGCACCAUCUCAAGCCGCUGAAACCAAAGAUGAGGAAGAAGAGGAUUUCGAUAUCUUUGCUGCGUUUUAA